AUGGUGAGGUCGUCGCGGUCACUGCAUGCCGCGAUGGAAGACGCCUCGUCUCCACGCGUUAGCACGACGCUGAGCUUUAUGAGCAGUAGCAGCAGUGAAGCUGAAGACGGUGAAUAUCGGGACGGUGACGACGCGAACGACGCGGGCGAGGAGCCAGAGCAGCACAAGCGCAACACGGACCACAGCAGUGAUGAUAGCUUGCGUGACGGCGGCACGGAGGUAGUGCCUAGCGCUACUGGUCGCUACCGUGCUCGAAGUGCAGAGCGUCUGGAUGUAUGUGGGGGCAAAGAAAAGCCGUACAGUCGACGUCUGCGGACGUCGACUCGUAAGACGGCACCACAGCGAUGUGAUCGAAAGAAGAGUUCACUAACGCCGCACGGAAGAGACGCGUUUGUCCGAGAAUGCAGCAGUCGCUCGGCCUCUCCGCCGUGUGCAAGUCCAGCCACGUUGCUGAGUGGCAGUCUUGGAUCGACGCUGUCGAUGACUAGUCCCGCGGCGACUCGACUACGUCUACAAGUGAAGAUAGUGCUGCAACGGCUUAAUAUUGUCGAUUGGCCGAUUCACUUUGUCACGACGUACGAUGACUUGCAAACCAUUCGUUGGCUUGGGGCUGGCGUGUCGGCAGAAGUGUACAAGGUUCGAGAUCGAAAAAGCGGACAAGUUUUUGCCAUCAAAAAGUCGAAGCAGGAGCUACGCAACAAGCAAGAACGAGACUUCCGAACACAAGAAAUAGCUGCCUUACAAAAGCUUAACACUGCGCGGCACUACUUCGACCAUAUCGUGCGGCCGUAUCAAGCUUGGCAAGAGAAUGGCUUCUUCUUCUUGCAAAUGGAGAUGUGCGAAGGCGGCACAUUGCAAGAGUUUAUGACGAAGCGAAAUAGCCGAGAUGCCCUCCCGGAAGACCACCUGUGGAUCAUACUCCGGGACAUUGCAAUUGGGCUACAAGUCCUUCACAAACAUGAUAUCGUUCAUCUAGACAUCAAGCCUGACAACAUAUUUAUCACUGAGGACGGGAAGCUGAAGAUUGGUGAUUUUGGCAUGGCGGGCAGCGCGGUGACACAAGCGGACUCAUCGGGCCGAGUAGGGGACCUCGAGGGUGAUGCAAAGUAUAUUGCGAAGGAGCUACUCACGAGCGCUGUUCGACUUCCAUCGGCGGACAUAUUCUGUCUAGGUAUUACGCUGCUGGAGAUCGCUACCGGAACAGCCCUGCCCGAAGCUGGAAAAGAGUGGCAUGAUCUUCGAGAAGGCAAGCUGCCUCGUUUUUCGUCAAUAUACACCGAGGAGCUUUGCGAAACGAUUCGACAGAUGAUGCAUCCUGACGCAACAAGGAGACCCAGCGCAGCCGACAUUGUGAAAGCCUGUAGCACGCAGACUGACAGCAAGCCUGCAAUGUUCCUUAUUGAGCACGCUCUAGAGCAAAAGCUGGUGGUGCCGUCAAAAGUACGCAAUACGAAUCGGUCGGCCCAGAAUGGUCUACAGACUCCUCACAAGUCGUGUCCGCGUAUACCGUAA